CAAACAUCGAUCUCUACACCGCAGGUAUCCGAAGCAAUCCGGUGUGCCAACACAACCACUAAUGACAAUCUAGGCACCCCUAACGGCCACAAGGUGCAUAUCGCCUUUGAGGAGCUGGGUUUGAACUACAAUGUUCACAAGAUUGAUAUCUCCAAGAACACUCAGAAGGAAGAAUGGUUCUUGAAGAUCUGCCGUGAGUCCAUCUCGUCAUUCAUGAGCUAUGCUUGGAUAUUGACAUAUUUCANNGCCAACGGGCGCAUUCCUGCCAUGGUUGACAAGACCUCGGGCAAGGAGAAGCGUGUCUUCGAAGGUGGUGCUAUGUUGCUCUACCUAACCGACAAGUAUGACCAGGACAACAAGAUCAGCUUCGACCACGACAGUGAUGAAUACUGGGAGACUGUUGAGUGGAUCGUCUGGAUGCAGUCUGGUCUUGGACCGAUGCAGGGACAAGCGAACCACUUCUACAGAUAUGCACCCGAGAAGAUCGAGUACGGCAUCAACCGCUACCAGACUGAGACCAAGCGCCUGUACCAAGUCUUGAAUGACCGCCUCGCUGAACAGGAGAAGGCAGGUCAAGGUCUCUGGCUCGUCGGUAACAAGUUCACCAUUGCAGACAUUGCUUCGUUCUCAUGGAUCAACUGGGGUGCCUGGGCAGGUAUCGAGACCAAGCCUUUCCCCGAGAUUGAGAGAUGGCUGGAUGCCAUCAACGCACGCCCUGCUGUGCAGAAGGGAGUCAACAUUCCUGAUGAGUUCAAGUUGAAGGAGAUCAUGAGCUCCAAGGAGAAGGCUGAGGAGCAUGCUAAGAAGGCAAGUGCUUGGGUCAUGAAGGGUCAGGAAGCGGACCAGAAGAAGCAUGCCUGA